GGUCCUUGCAAAUCGCUUGCCGGUUUUGCCUGCAGCAACCAACAGAAAAUGAAGACGCUACAGGCAGCUUCUGCAGAUCAAAACGGUGGUGACUCAGACGCUUCAUCCAUGAAGAAAAGCCUCUGCAUGGAAAGCAAGGUCACGGAGACAGCCAGCAGCAGAUGUGCUGGUGAAUCAGCGAAAUGUUCAUCUGGUGAAACAGACACGAACAUCAACCGAUCCCUGUUGUUGAAGGCAGCGGAGCCUAUAACUCACGCCAUUGAUAUCACGGAAGCAGCCAUGAGAAAGGCAGAAGCCACCAUGGCAAAAAAACUGUCGAUGAACAAGACGCUGAACGAUAGCCGUAUCGACAAGGACGCGCCAUGCUCCAUCGACGCCAAGGCCGACGAUUCUCAGCAGGCGCCAAAGGUGUACACCGCGGUGUGGGUCGACACCGACACGGACACCCUGCGCGCUCGGCUCGUCGACUCAAUGCGGCACUUGCGCAGGAUGGCAUCUCGGCGGCGCCAUCGGCACAGGAAGCGCGGCUCGAAUAACAAGUGGAGGCUGUGGAGAAUCGGGCCAACGCUCCUGGUCAUCCUCCUGCUUGUCUCCGCGGUGCAGCUGCUGUUCAUACUCUGGCUGUACCGGAGGCUCCUGAAUCAAAAUUAGACAAAAUGUAUGUUAGUGCUUUCUUGUUGGAGUUAUUGAUGUUUUGUAGUAUAUGAUUUUAGUAAUGCAUACCUUGUCUACAAGAAUAGUGUCGAGAUGGGUUCCAGUUCCAGAUACGAAGGGUGAUUCAGCCGACCGGUUUCCGAAUUUUUUA